ACUAACUCGACUACUAGCAUGGCGUCGACGCAUUCAAGUCAAGUUUCGUUUGAAUCGUCUCACAAUUUAAAUUCGUCAAUAGAUCGGAAGAGAAAUUACGUUCUUACACAGAAAUACGACCCCGUAUUGACGAGAAGGCGAUUACAGAUCGAAGAAUGGAUGGACGAGGAGCUUAGAGAAAUAUAUGAAUGUGAUGAAGAUGAAGACUAUGACAUUGAAAUAGACAUUGAUCAACUCUUAGAAUGCCCUGCAGAUGAAAGGUGUACAUAUGUUAAAAAUAUCUUAGUAGAAGCAAAAAAACCAAUAGAU